UAUCGGGGAUUGUGAAUAAGGGGAGAGAAAUGAUUCGGAUUGAUAAGUAAUAAAAUGAUUGCCUGCGUUGACAUCAACACACACCAACACGAACAAUCACAAAGGGGAACGAAGCUCCGUUCACAUAGACACACAUCGGCGCUUCACUCUCUAUCUCUCUCUCCCUGCUCUUAAACGAUUCAUUUUUUUUUUUCGAAAGUUGUGUCUUAUUUGUUCUUCUUUGCUUGUAAACUAAUAUCUGUCGAAAUAGGCAAAAUGAGUUGGAGAUACAAAGGUGGGUUGCUUCUCAUUUUUACUUUUGUGAUUAUGUGGGUCACUUCCGCAGAAGUCACUCAGGGUGUUUUCGAGAAGUAUGAGCAGCCAUUCGCGGUGACCUAUCUCGGGACUUCAAUCUUGGUGUUCUAUCUUCCCGUAGCAUUCUUCAAGGACUGGUUACUGAAAUCCCUAAAAUCCCGCACUAGUGAAAGUGGCGAUAGUGCGGCUAGUGCGGAGACGGUCGAUGCAAUCUGUGCAGGCGAACGAGUUCAUUUACUUGAUGAGGGUAAGGCCUCUGUUUCAGAAGCAAAAGACGAUGACAUUGUGGAACAAGAGGAGAAGAUGAAAAGCAAGCAAAUUCUCAAAGUUGCCUGCACCCUUGCGCCUAUUUGGUUUGUGUGUGAGUAUCUCAUGAAUGCUGCACUCGUACGAACAAGCGUUGCCAGCUCCACGAUAUUGUUAUCGACAUCAGGACUUUUCACCCUUCUGAUUGGUGCAUUUCUGGGACGGGACUCCAUAAGUGUAGUAAAAGUAAUCUCGGUCUUUAUCAGUAUAGCCGGAGUUGCCAUGACUGCACUAGGGAAGACUUCAAGUACCGAUCAAUCACAAUCGAACACAACUGUAACCAACUCUCUUAUAGGGAAUCUUUUCGCGAUUCUCUCGGCUGCAAUCGAUGGACUAUUUGCCGUGCUUAUCAAGAAGUACGCUGGAGAGGAAGGAGAAAGGGUGGACAUGCAAAAGUUAUUUGGUUGUAUUGGACUAUUCUCGCUUCUCGCACUUUGGUGGCUUGUUUGGCCUCUCGUUGCUUUAGACAUAGAGCCCAAAUUUGCCUUUCCUCAGUCUGCGGCCGUGAUGGGUGUUGUUCUUGCCAACUGCUUCGUGGGAAAUUUCCUCUGUAAUUAUUUCUGGGCGCUCAGUGUUGUUUGGACCACUCCUCUGGUGGCAUCAUUAGGUGCCUCCCUCGAGAUACCCGUCGCCAUGUUGGAAGACAUCCUAAUACACGGUCGGCGGUUUUCGCUAAUUUACAUCCUUGGCUCGGUCCUGGUAUUCCUGGGAUUCGUAUUAGCUAACUUGGCAGACUGGUUCUCACCGACAUUGGUAUUGCAUUGAAAAAAAAUUUGUACAUGUGUACAUCUAAGAUACUCCUGGUCCAGGAUAAGAUACAGAUGAAUCCAUUGCUUGUCUGUCUUUAAGCAUGAUCUUUCUGUACUCGAUAAAUAAAUGGUAACGAUU